CCCGACCCGGGAAAGUGAAGUUUUUCCGGAAUAAUUGUCACUCUGGUCUUCUCCAGAUAGUGAAGUAAAGCGAGUCACGAGACUGAUCUGAAUCAUCUAUCAACGAUGAAGAAGACAUCGAGCGUCGUCGAUCUGUUGCUUCUUCUGCUAGCGAUUAACGUUCUCGCAACGCCCGCGUUCUCCGAUCUGGUUCUAUCCAAAGUCGAACGUCGUAUCGAUGUGACGUCACAGAUCGCUCGUGUUACCAAAACCCUUAAGGUUGUGAACUCUGGCUCUGAGUCAGUCUCCGAGUUUACUUUGACCUUCCCUAAGUUUCUCGGCAACAACUUGGCUUACCUAACGGUUUCACACAGCGAGGGAAAAGGGAAAGCUAAACGCUCUCUAGCCAAUCUCUCUGUUAAAGAAGCUCACCCUAAAGGAACGCCUGAUUCGAUCAGUUUCUACUCAGUUUCAUUACCUAAACCCCUCAGCAAAGGAGAUACUCUGACGUUAGAGGUUGUCGCUGCGUUCACGAACGUGCUUCAGCCGUUUCCGGAGAAGAUUACUCAGAGAGAUAUCCAUCUCGUUAUGCUCCAAGAAAGCGCGCAGUAUCUCUCUCCUUAUGUUGUUGAGUCUCAGUCGUUGUCUAUUAAGCUGCCCAAUGCGAGGAUCGAGUCUUACACCAAGCUGGAGAACACGAAGGUUCAGGGGUCAGAGAUUAAGUAUGGUCCGUAUAAGAAUCUUGCGCAGUAUUCGUAUGCUCCGAUUGUUGUCCAUUUUGAAAGCAAGGCUGCGUUUGCUGUGGCUGAGAAGCUCGUGAGGGAAAUAGAAGUGUCUCAUUGGGGGAACGUGCAGGUCACGGAGCAUUAUAAUCUCGUUCACCGUGGGGCUCAACUCAAGGGAGAGUUCUCGAGGUUAGAAUAUCAAGACAGACCUAAUCCCCAAGGAGUAUCUGCCUUUAGGCAUUUACUUGCUAGAUUACCACCCAGAGCACAUUCUAUAUAUUACAGGGAUGAUAUUGGCAAUAUCUCUACGUCUCAGAUGCAAAGUGAUUCGAAAAAGACAGAACUACUUAUUGAGCCUCGGUUUCCAUUGUUUGGUGGGUGGAAAACUUUUUUCACGAUAGGUUAUGGUUUGCCACUUGGUGACUUCUUGUUUGCGUCGGAAGGGAAACGUUUCCUAGACAUCUCCUUUGGCUCCCCUAUGAUUGACCUUGUCACUGAAAAACUCAUUGUACAGGUGGUCUUACCUGAGGGUUCAAAGGAUAUAUCGGUUACCACUCCAUUCGACGUCAAGCAGUCUCACGAGAUAAAAUAUUCACACUUAGAUAUAGCUGGUAGACCAGUUGUUGUGCUUGAAAAGAACAACGUUGUCCCAGAUCACAACCAGAAUAUUCAGGUCUACUAUAAGUUCAGCAACAUCAAUCUGCUGAGUGAGCCAUUGAUGUUAAUCACUGGAUUUUUUGUUCUGUUCAUCACUUGCAUCAUAUACACGCGGGCUGACUUCUCCAUCUCCAAGUCCUCUGCUGCAUAUCUGGCGAAGCUCCAAUGGGAUGAGGUCCUAGCAACACUCCAGGAAGUUCAAAACAUCAUCCAAAAAUGCGUAGCUGCACAUGAUAAGCUUGAAGCAUCACUGCGUGAUCUAUCAAGAACCGGUGACAUUCAAACCUGCAAAGCAGCUCGCAAAUCCACUGACAGUUUUCUGAAAGAUCUUUCGAAAGAACUGAGACCUCUUCUGGCUUCCUUACAAUCUUUCCCAUCAGCCUCUCAAAUAUCUCCAAAGGUUGAAGAGCUAGUUGCGAAGGAGAAAGAACUUCAAGAGAAGUUGAUGGCCAAACACACCACUGUUGUUGAAGGGUACGAGAAGAAAUCCUCAGGGCGUGAUAUCGAAAAUCGGAUCGCUUCUCAGCAGCAAAAGAUCAUGGCGUUGAGGCAAGAAGUAGAUGAUCUUCUAGAGUUCAUUGAUGAGAUCUAGAAAACUUAAAAUGUAGCAGAUCCCUUUUAAGUUUAAACACUUGCUUUCAAAAACAUGAAACUUUAAAUCUCAAUCAAUUUCUCUUACAAAAAAAUCAUUUACAAGGA